AAGCUACGAACUGAUGUUGCAGUGGCUUUUCCUAACCUUAGUGCUGAACAAUUGGCUGAGUUUAUUCCAAACAAGGAAGAGCUUAAUGUCGUCAAAACAUACUCUCACAAAGGGGAGGCCGUCACUGUUUACAUGAAUAACAGGAACGCAAUGCUGUUUAAAAUUGAGAAAGCUCUGUAUCCAGCAGUGUACACGCUGUGGGUCUACCCAGAUCUUCUUCCAGCUUUUUCAAUGAAAAAGCUACAGAAACUAGCAGGAGGAGCAGAUCUGAUGCUGCCAGGAGUUGCAGUGCCAUCUUCUGGCUUUCCUCAAGUAGAGCGGGGCACGCUCUGCGCUGUCACCCUCUUGGGAAACAGAGCUCCGGUAGAAGUUGACGUUGCCACUAUGUCCAUUGCGGAGAUGCUGGAUGCUGGAAUGAAUGCUGUGUUGCAUACUUACAUGGAUCACCUCUGGCAAUAUGGUGACAAAUCUUAUCCUCCUACCUUAGCUCCCUCGGUAACAGAUUCUGCUGAAAAGGAGAGUGCUGAGGAUGAGGAAGAAACAGAGGGGAAAGAGCCUGUCAUCAGCUUCUCCACUGACCCAUUGCAGACGCAGCACAUGGACGUUGGUGAUUUGAGCCUGAAGGAUGAGGAACUCCAUGAGAACAGAGCUGCAGAAACAGCUGAAGAUGCCAACACAAAGGUUCAGCAGAUUGAAGACAGUAAGACUCCAUAAGAGCAAAUGGAUGCAUUAUUUAAUCCAUGCUUUUUUCAUGCCUUAAAAUGCAAAGUAAAGAAGUCUUACCUCCCUCUGCUCACCAGCACGUUUCUAUGCAGCCAUAUGUUCUCAUGCGGCCCUGCUGGACAACAACUGGACAUAAAGAAAUCAAGCUAUAAGAAGUUCUCUAAAUUCCUGCAAUGUAUGCAGCGCCAGAAGAUCUUGCAAGUGAAGGAGCUGAACAAAGGUGUGGAGAGCAUCAUGGAAGUGGACUGGAAACAUCCAGACAUUAAAGCAUUUGCAGUACCUGAAGGAUUUUCUUCAGCCUCUGCUGCCCAAGACAGCAAGAGUGAAGACAGAGGACAAGUAUACCAUGCUCCUGAAAUCAUUCUGCUUCAUGGAGUCUCAACAAAAAUGAUCCCACUCUUUCAGGAAUCUGAACACAGAAAAGGCAGCAUCCUCUCAAGCAGUGAGGUGAGAAACAUCAUCACUAACUAUUUGAAAACUAACGAGUUAGUUGAUGAAACAAACCAAAACCUUGUGAAGGUGGAUGUCAUUCUGUGCGACUGCCUGUUGGAUAAAUCGGAACAAGACGAAAUCUCAAACCUUAAAUGGGAUGACCUCUUGAGCAGGUGA